AUGUCUAUCGCGAGCGAUGGCUCCGAGCAGGAGGUCUACGUCAGACCGCCUUCUCAUCCGGUGCCAACCUUGCAAGGUCCUUUCGAGGAGUCGAUGGUAGAGUCUGUUGACAGUGCCGCAGACUUUGACGUACCAAUUGAUGCAGUCUCUCGGCGUACAAUACUCCUAGAAGGCCCGACAUACGAACGAAUCAUUGCGGGAAGAUGGAAGCAAAAGCCAGGGGAGAACUAUCAUCCAAUAUGGAAGUUGGUCGCGCAGAUGACAUUUGGUCUGCAUCUGUUGGCGAGAAAUCUUGCGAAAUCGGAGGAUGAAGUUAUGAAGAUUCUCCAAAACCAUGUGGACGAUAUCGACCAUGUCCUGGAACGCACAGCGGAGGAUUUCGAUCUCGCGUACAGCGAUAUGUAUGAACGGCUGCGAUGCCUCAAACUACCGCUACAGCAUGGCGAGGUCUUCGACCGCAUGCUCGAGGAUCGGACAUUCAGAGCAUCCAUUCUCGACGGAAAUGAGAAAAUCGAGCACAUUGUUUCGCGAACCAAGAAAGCGUUGAAAGACUCCAUGAAAGACGUGCAGAAGGGCUUCGACGCGACGAAUGUACUGGACACAUAUCUUUCCGGUCUCGCGCGAACAUGGCAAAGGGAUUCUCCAGAACAUGAAGCUGUCUACGUUGCCAUGCUCGGCAAUGUCGAGGGUUGGAAACGGGCUUUCAUGGACCUACAUCUGCAAGGUAACAAGGUUGGCGGCACUCUCAAGAAGCUCAUGGAGAUUGUAAGUGAGAUGGAAAAGCGAGCUGCAGCUGCGAGCAGGCAUCAGCUCGUGAUGUCGCAAGGUUCAAUGGCCUCUAUCGCCCACACCGCUGUUGGCUCGAGGAAUUCUGCCAAGCCAUUACCUGUCGCUCCAGGUCGACGCAGCGCAACUCGAGAGUCCUCGAGAAAUUCUAAUGUGCUGAGGGAUGUCUCCAGCCCUUUCUCUAAUGCGAGUCAGGAUCGGUCUUCCGCUAGUUCAGCACAAUCUCGACCAUACUCGGGACGACAGACACCGAUCCACGUCCUGUCCAGCAUUGCGAAUCCAUCGCAUGAAGAAGCCGAUGAGCAGGCUAUGCAACAGCAGACUCCGACUAUCAGGCAGCAUCAUGUUGAUAGUACGCCAGUCGAGCUACCAGCAGAUGUGCCCCACGAAGCCCUUCGAGCCGCUCCAGUUUCGAAGAACAACCGUCUAAGUUACACUUUGGGUCUGAAACCGAACAUCGAUGACCAUCGAAUAUCGAGCAUCUACUACCCCAAAGCACUGAGUGAUCUGCUCAAGAUCCAACAUACCCCGCCGAUACUGAAAUCACCACAAGUAGCAACAGUUAAGCAAGAGUCGCCGCACACCAGCGAUGGCGAUUACUUUUCUGCUCAUAUUCGGGGAUCGUCAAUCACACUUGUGCCUGUGGACGUAUCCAAGCCUCAAUCCGCCGUGGUGACGCCUGACAAGAGCACUCCCUCGAGCGCACAGCGCUCACCCGUCAUUGUUGACGCUGAGUCUGUUGACACGGGCUCCCGCACUCCAGUCAUCUCUAGCCCAGGACUGAAUUCGCAUCCCACAGUGAUGUCAAUGGCAACGCCGCCGCCGCUACCAGUGGAGCUACCCGCUGCAAAUGAGAAUCAUCGUCGCGAAGUCAACACGCAUCACCGAAUUCAGGACUCAAGGUCAAGCAUGGGCCUGCUUUCGAGUAUUGGCGAGCCAGGUCCAGAGGUUGCCAACAGCCAGUACGACGGUGAAGAUGCGACCCCAGCGGACUUGCCGACCAUCAUGAUUGAAGAGCCCGAUUCGAGUAAGAGGUCCAAAUUCAACGAGGCCGAUCUAAGCACAAGGACCAAAUUCAUCUCCGGCAUCGAUCUCCCGGAGACUGUCGUCGCUGCUCUAGCGAAUCAUCCUGAAUCCGCAGCGUCAGAAUCUGUUGUAGAGCAAGCAGCUUCGCCGGAACCAGAAGAGGCAUUCUAUACUCCUGGAGAGGGGCCAAUAUUUAAUGAAUCAACUUCCGAAGCGGCCGCAACCCAAGAACGCUCGAAGAUCGAGGACAACGCAGCUCUAGCCUCGCCAACGACUACCGAGACUCCCACGCAAAAGAGAUUUGUCGCCGAGCUCGAAGCUGAAGUGCCCCGGGACUCGUUAUACGGGCAGCAGAAUCGUGAGACUGUGGGCUCGUUGGCGGAAAUGGAGGCGCUGCCCGCAGCGCACUUCAUCUUACCGUCAAGAGCAUCUGCGAUCGCCAUCAAGGUGAAUGCGCCUCCAACCAAGGAGACGAGGACACAGUUGCACAAGGCUCGUGUGCAGGCCAGGGAGAAAGAAGAGGCAAUUAAGAAGGAGGAGGCGCUGAAGCGGACUGAAGCUCUGAAGAAAGAGGGAACGCUGGGACAGGUGGAGAUAUUAAAGUCGACAGGAGUGACGGCUUCGCAGGGCACUAAGCAACGAGCUAGCGUGCAGAACGUCGUCAAACCGUUGAGAUUGCGGCUCGCCAAGAGAGAUGGCAAAAUGGUUGCAGUCGAGGCAAACAGCCCGGGCAUCGAGGAGUCAGAGAGAUCAAACGUCAAGUCAGUGCGGCUCAGUACGGACGUGAUAGCGACGAUGCUCGCACAGAUGUCAGAGACCCCAGCUACAUCAUCCGAGUCGGAGCACCCGACAUCUGGAAGCUCUCCCUUACCCGCGCACAAGCGCUUUGGCCGCCCCGAGAGUGCGCCUGUACCGCCAUCGCCGUCUGGGCGCACAAUGGUGACGAUGGACUAUGCCUCUGCAGGCGCCUUCGAGGGCGAGAGGUCGAAUGCUAAAGCUGCCAAACGACACAGCACCAGUAGAAUCAGCACAAUGAGUGGCUUGAGAGAUCUGCUCACCAAUGCAACGAAUCGUCGGCAUUCGACUGAGAGUGUCCGAACGACAGUGACGAACAGGAAUUCGAUGGGGUCGCAGCCAGACGGUGCCAAGUUGCUUGACAGGACUACGGGAGUGGAUGUAUUGUGGUUCAAAGGCGGUAACAAGGACAAGACCAGCGUCCCUGUCGGAGUUUCAUGA